AUGCACAACUCUUCCACUGCGGCAACUCCCAAGAAGAACAGAGCCAUCCGUAAGAACUGCAUCAUCAUCCAUCCCUCCAAGCUCCAGACCCUCUUCUGCUACAAGGAGAGCGAGGCUGCUAAGAUGCUCGGUAUCUCUCUCACCGCCAUGAAGAACGUAUGCAGACGCGCGGGUAUCACGAAAUGGCCCUACUCGAGGUCUCGACAAGCGACGACCCCGCCGCCAACCUCCCCGCCAUCAGCAUACGCUGCGGUUCUGACCUCCGCCAUCCCAGAAGAGCACAUCACCGACUGCGGGAGCAGCAGCGAGGGCCUGGACCCAACGGGAGCGCAAGAGGGAGAAGCGUGGGGCUGGGAGGAGGACGAGUGUCCGCUUGAGGCGGGGUGGAUCGAGUGGUACAUGAGGUCGGAAGAGGACUAG